AUGGAAGCUAGACAUUCCUUUUCACCUACCGCGAUACCUAAUGGCCAAGAGCGACAAAGCUCUGUGCAGCAGGAACCUGGACUCUCCCAUCAACCCCCUUCCCAAAGCUCCCAGACCUAUACACAGGCACCCUCUGGUACUGGACAUGGGGCCUCCGGGCAGAGCGUAACUACCCAUUCGGAACUCGUUGAGAUUAACGACUCUCAGCCUGACUUUGCCCAUGAGCAUAGGCGAGCCGUAACCCCGGAUCAGCACGAUUCGAGCCACGCGGGUUCGUGGGCAACUGUCGCCCCACAGGCUGACCCCUCCCUCAUCGAGAACGAGCCUAUCCUCUCCCCAAUCCACCGAGCUGGUGCCGCCAUCAACGUCGCAAACCAGAAGAACGCCGGAAAUGACAACACUGAGGCUGUGGGGAUUUUCAAGGCCAGUCUACAUCGCGAGGGGGCGAAAGAACAAUCAGCACUUACCUGA